AAUUCAAAAGAGCGGUAGCCAUUAAUUUCAUUUCUUGUUUUCGCAAUUCAAAAGAGCGGUCACCAUCAAUUCAACAAUGAAGACGGCGUCGUUUAAUGUCGCUAACAAAGUAGCAGCCGUGGCCGGAGCACCAAGCUCCGGUCCCGGAAAGAGAAUAAUGAUAACCGGAGUUAGCAGAGGUAUAGGAAGAGCCCUAGCUAUAGAAUUAGCCAACAGAGGACAUACAAUUAUCGGAUGCUCCCGUGCUCAAGAUAAGCUUAAUUCUCUCCAAUCAGAACUCACCUCUGAUAAUAACAUUCAACACCUCUUCGUCAAUGCUGAUGUGAGCUCGAAUAGCAGUGUCGAAGAAUUAGCGAAAGUUGUAACCGAGAAGAAGGGGGUGCCAGAUAUUAUAGUGAAUAAUGCGGGAACUAUCAAUGCGAACAAUAAACUAUGGGAAGUGCCGGUGGAAGAAUUUGAUAAUGUGAUUGAUACCAAUGUGAAAGGAGUGGCGAAUGUCUUGCGGCAUUUUAUACCUUUAAUGGUGCCAAUUAAACGUGGAAUUAUAGUUAAUAUGUCUUCUGGUUGGGGAAGAUCGGGUGCUGCAUUGGUUGCGCCUUAUUGUGCAUCUAAAUGGGCUGUUGAGGGUUUGAGUAGAUCGGUUGCAAAAGAAUUGCCUGAUGGGAUGGCGGUUAUUGCGCUUAAUCCUGGUGUUAUACACACCGAAAUGCUCGAGUCAUGCUUUGGCUCUUCAGCGUCUUUGUACCAGGCACCUGAUGCAUGGGCCGUAAAAGCAGCUACCAUGAUACUCAAUCUAACAGGAGCAGACAAUGGCGCGUCUCUCACCGUUUGAUUAAAAUCUUCAAACCGAAGCAGAUGAUAGCAACGUUUCCAUAUCGGCAAUCGGGCAUCUUUACAGUGAAAAAUGUUGCCCCUUUGAAACCAAAAGUUAUUUCCAGGUGGAUAUUAGGAUCAGAUAGUGAUGAAUUCUAUUUUCUUUUUUUAAGGUAGAAUAGGAAAUUUAAUGGUCAUUGCUCUAUGCACUAGUUAGCGCUCGGUCGGGGUAAAAAAGUAGCUAGCUAUUUAGUUGUAUGAUCAGAUUAUUGUUGCGGAGGAGCUCUUCGUCGGGUAAUCAGGUAGAACAUAUUAUUUAUCAAAGCUUCUUUCAGUUUCA